CUCACUGGGCGCGGGUUGACCCUCGGAUCUCUCCUGCCGUGACUUUACUUUUGCCACUUUCAAACUUCGCGACUAUGAGCGGGUCCAGGGUUUUGUCCAUCGCUGAUGUUCAGAUGGCGCGCGAGAGAAUUGAUGUACCCAGGCUGAGACUGACGUUGCAGACUGAAGAGGACCCAACGUGGAGGGACCAAGCCAAAAGAAAGCCUGUGGGAAGAGCUUAUGCCGUUGUCUCAUCCCGGAACGGCGGAGAUGAACCGUGGGACUGGGAGCAGGAUCGACCUGCCAACGAAGCCAGCAAACAGGCGUACCUGACGUAUGAUCCAGGUGUCAAAGGCAAGCCCCCCAGUACCCAGGAGAGCCCCCUCGGGCAGCUUCGGAUGGAACUUGCACAGUUUAAAGAGGUGAGGCAUUCCAUGGAGAUGAUCCGACAGAAUCUUUCUGCCGGGAUGAGUGGAUCGCAGUUCAACGUUCUGGAUUAUUACACCAAGCCCGAGAGUGUUUCCCGGCUGAGCCGUGAGGGAGAGCAGACUCCGCGGAGUGGGUUGACAGCUGCAAGUACUCAGAUGGACACCUGGGAGCAGGAGACGGAGCAGAUGCGGGAGGCCACACGGAGGCUCUACAGGAAGCUGAUGGAGGCCGAGGGGAGACACGAGAGGGAGACCAAACUCUUGGAGGAUCAGGCCAGCCUGUACAAAAGGCAGCUGGGAGAGACCAGGCAAUUGCUGCAGAGUUCGGAGGAGAGGGUGGUCCAGCAGGAUGGGCGGAUUGAGGAACUCCAGCGGUUGAUGGCCGGAAUGGAACAGGAGCACCGGAUUCUGGUCGCCAAGAUGGAGGAGGGCGAGAGGCAGCUGGGGGAGAUGAGGACACGGAGGCAGGAUGCCGAGGCUCAUCAGCACAGGUCGGAGCAGCUGGAGAAGGAGGUAAAGACCCUGCGGGAGAAGAUCUCCCACCUCAGCGACAUGUUGCAGAGCCAACAGAGGAAAGUCCGGCAGAUGAUUGAACAGCUUCAGUCUUCCAGAGGUCAGAUUGAGGAGAAGGACCUGUUGAUCCAGCAGCUGCGGGAGAGAGUUGAGCAUCUGGAGUCUGAGAAUCGGGAGUUGCAGGAUCGAGCGGAGUACCUCAGCUCCAGCAAGGGCAUACCCCAUCGCAACCUGUCCAAGAGUGGUGCCCAGGCACUUCCGGACCAGCACAGCCUCAGUAACAGACUUAUCCUGGAACCAAAGAAACCCAGAGCGUUGAUGCGGGUGUUGGAAAGGCAGUGAUAUUCUUCUCAGCUCUCAACCACGAGGAACCUCUGGCUGCAAGUUGAGAUUGGUGGAAAGCCACAGCUCCUGAGUCAAGCAUGGCAUCUGGAGGAGGCAGACUUUAGUAAAUGGCACUGGUUCGACACCCAAUGAAGCUCCUUCAACACAGUUCCCUCACGUUCUCAGGGCAGCAUGGUUGAAGGAGCAACUCCAAGUGUUGCCUGAUCUUUGGGCAUCCAGUGCAGAGUGAGAGAGAGAAGAGUCAGACAGAGGAUUUCCUCCUGAGCCUGAAUGCCUGCCCUUGUUCUGAAGAUACAUUCAUCCCUGGUGUUUCUGGAGGAGGAGCACUCAGUGUCUGCUGGCUCUCUGGUGGCCUUAUGGGACCUCGGGCUGGGGUUUAUGCUGGAUAGGGAUGAGGUCAUUUUAAUUUUA